AUAACUUCAGGCGGAACUGCUAAUGUUACUCCAGUAACCGCAAGAUGCUUCCAGGUUCUGAAGACCGACGCCACUCCGGCUGCGGCUCGCUACGGUCACCACGAGUCACGGAACUUCCGGGAGCUGAGCUGUCAAGAACUAGACGACAUUUUGCUUGGCCAGUAUCUGGACAGGGUUCCAAAGACGGACGCCACUUCGACUGUAGCUCAUUACGCUUCCCAUGAGUGUCGGAACUUCCAGGCGCUAAGCACACGUCAGGGACACUGUCAAAAACUGGACGACAUUUUCCUGAACCCCGAUCUGGACAGGGUGAGAAAGGUGAACAACUUGGGCUGCGAGAAGCGACCCAACUGGUGCAAGGUGCUGCUGCAGCGUGUGGCCCCGCGCGUCGAGUGGCUGUCUGUGGAUUGCGCCCUCCGUGAGCACCUGGACGUGAUCCACGACAUGCCUGCACUGCGCUUCUUGUCCGUCCACAUGGCUGAGUGUGGCACGGUGGUCCCGGACCUGCCGCUGCAGCUGGAGGACCUGGAGGUGCGGAACGUCCCGGAGCAACACUUGCAGUCGGUGCAGCGCAUGCCCAACCUGCGCAAGCUCACCUUGGACUGGAGCGGUGGUGGUGCACUGGACGUGGCCUUCCCCCCUCUGCCCCCGCACCACCGCGGCCUGCAGUGGCUCCAGGUGUGUCUCCGCCCCGCCUCCACCGUGCUGUCGCUGGCCAAGGCCCACGCCGCCACCCUGCAGGACCUGAGGAUUCUCUGCGCGUCGGAGGGAGACACGCCGUGGCACUUCCAGGACCUGGCCGAGGGGCUGGGGCGGUGCGGGCUGGUGGCGCUGCGGCGCGUGGUGCUGCUGCGAGGGUAUGCUCCAGGCUUCCCCGACAACAAGCUCCCCCACGGCAAGGAGUCGUGCCGACGGCAGAAGCACGCCGUCUGGGACAGCCUGCUGGCGGCGGACUCCAAGGCCGUCAGGGUGGUGACGGUGCUGUGCGGGGAGUGCGACAAAUGCCCUGCCUUCCCUUCCCUCGGGGACUUCACCUGGCAAGAUUAGUCACGCGCACUGACUUUUCCGAAUUGUUACGAAUUUUUCCAGAAUGCACCUAAUACGGUGUUUGUUUUGUUUUUGUUCUUUGUUAACUCUCACAACACAAUGGUUCCCCAACUGUUCCUUAUUGUCGUCUAAAAUUUUGAGAACAAAUCUGUACUUAGCACACACCUAUAAACGCUCUCCUGUUCGAAGUACACAGUAAAGCAAGCAUGCGUAGCAUAGGCUGCGCAGGCGCACUCAAGCGGGCUUUGUGAGUGCUCUUGGAAGUGUGUAGCAAGCAUGCAUGUAAUAGUUUGAUAUUCGUUAGUUAAGUAAAAGGGAACAUGUGCUGAUCGUUUACCCUGCUCAAUGAGACGUUUCAUAGCACUUGAGGCACUGCACUCACACUGUCAUCCAUAACAUUGGAGGGUAAAUUGUAUUUGAGGCAAAAAAUGACAAAUGUUUUAAGUUAUUGAAUUCAUUAUAAUUGAUAUCUAGAUAUAACAGUUUCGAGUAAGAAAAUAACUUCAAGCCUGUUAAAUUGUGUACAAAAGAAUAUUGUCAGAAAAAGGUUCCCAUUAAAGUUUGAUCAAAACACAA